CAAAACUCUUACGAAAGUAAACAUGUCCGAUAAGUCUUCAUCACACCGUCUCGUCGGAAAAUUCUUCACCAACUCAACUCCGCCGUCAUUCGACGAAACAGAACAAUCGCUCCGGAAACAAUGGGUUCUCUCCGGCGACAUGACUGUCGAAAACCAAGGCGUCAACGGUAUAUUCAUGUUCGAAUUCAGACAAGAGAAUGACAAAAAGAAAGUUCUAGAGAACGGACCUUACAACGUUAAUGGAGUUAUCAUAGUAAUCAAGGAUCUAAACUCUUCCCCCAUGAUUGAUUUCACCGUGGCUUCCUUCUAUGUCUUUGUCGUGGGUUUACCAUCGUAUCUUUGCGAUAAAAACUCCAUAGAGUAUCUCAAAUCUCUAGUCGGCUACGAAAAUCCCGUUUUAUCUCUCGGUAUAAGAAACAAUAUUGUCUCUUUCCUAAUGGAAAUUGAUCUUAAGAAGCCACUCAAACCAGGAUUCUACAUAGGCGAAAACUCAAACCGGUUCGUGGGGUUCAAAUACAGACACUUAGGUGAUUUUUGCUACAACUGUGGCAUGAUUAGUCACGUCAAAAGCAAUUGCAAUCAGGUUAGGGUUCCUACGGAACGGGACUUGACCGACACGUCAAGAACACAUGUCUAUGGCCCUUGGUUAAGACUUCCUCCACUCAAAACGUAUUACCAAACUGUUUUGAUGAAAUCAGAUGCGAAACAGAAUGGUUUUGAUGACUGCCAGAAGUCUCUCUCGUAUGCUCAAUUCUUUAUAGAGAUUGAGUAUAACUUGGUCGCUAUCUGCAUCCCUAAAUCCACGAGGGAAACAACAACAAAGUCCACUCACAGAUUUCGUUUUCCCUGUUCGUACCUUGACACAGAAACAGAGUCCACAGAUUUUACUACCUCCAAGUCGUACGAGGUUUUACAGAGGGAGAUUUGCGAGAAUUCGCCUUUCAUGUUCCGCGGUCUUGAACAUGAGUUGUUGAAUAAACCUGAAGACAUCGGAAGUCUUGUGGACCAGUUGAAAACCAUCAAGAAGGAUAAGUUUUCUUGUGAUGAUAAGUGGUUGACUCUGAAGCUUCAAAUCAACAAAAACCUUGAGUUAACGCCUGUUGAUUACGAGUCCCUGAACAAGAUUUAUGCUGACAUAUAUUGUGAGCGAUUGAUUGAGAGUAAGAUUUCGGAUCUGAUCAAGAACAGAGUGGAGAAGAACGAGGAUUUGCUCUCUUUGUCUUCAUGGGAAAACCAAAUCAGAGAAGUGAUAUCAGAAAUGGGUUUCACUCAUUGUAUGCAUACCUAUGAUGUGUCUAGAAGAGCGAACCAGGCGAUGAUGAAGGCGGUUCAAAUGGAGAUUUCUUCGAGCAUCUCUACGGUACCAGCAGAUAAAUCUACGGUUUUCGGGUUAGAGCGUUUUAAGGUGCUUGGAUCAGAUAUGGAUCGGCUCAUUCCAUGUAUGAUUUGCGUUGGGGAGAUGUUUCUUGGAGAAGAAGCAACCAAAUUGCCUUGCUCUCAUGUCUUCCACAAGUCUUGUAUUGAAAAUUGGCUUCUAGUUGGUCACAAAUUUUACUCUUUGGCGGUGACUCAUUUCUUACGCGCGAGUGUUGUGUACGCGCGAGCCUUCAUGGAGGCGGAGGCGGCUGAAGUUUCUAAGGCUACGGCGGCGUCAGUAGUAGCGUCGACGGUGUUUCCUGGGUUUAAGUUUUCGCCGACUGAUGUUGAGCUGAUUGCGUAUUACUUGAAGCGGAAGAUGGAUGGCUUGGAGAGGUCCGUUGAGGUUAUACCGGUCGCUGAGAUUUACAAUUUCGAGCCUUGGGAUUUGCCCGAUAAGUCGAUUGUGAAAUCUGAUAGCGAGUGGUUCUUCUUCUGUGCCCGUGGGAAAAAGUAUCCACAUGGGUCACAGAACAGGAGAGCAACGAAGAUGGGAUAUUGGAAAGCAACUGGGAAAGAGCGUGAUGUGAAGUCUGGUUCUGAGGUCAUUGGAACAAAGAGGACGCUUGUUUUCCAUAUUGGUCGUGCACCAAAAGGUGAAAGAACUGACUGGAUUAUGCACGAGUACUGCAUGAAAGGAGUUUCUCUGGAUGAUGCUAUGGUUGUUUGCCGGGUUAAGAGGAACAAAGAAUAUCAAAGUGGUAUGAGUCAGAAGGCACCCGAGCCAAAAUUAGCACCCGAGAAGCGCGCCAUCUUGCAAAAUGGUGCUACUAGUUCAGAGAGCCCGUCUGAUGGGGACAACUUGGUUGAUUUUUACCUAGCAGGUGAAUCAGGGGAGAAACUGCUCUCUGAGAUGGCAGAAUCAUCAGAAAAUCUACAGGUGCAUAAUGACGAGGAUUUCUUUGCGGAUAUCCUAAGAGACGAAAUCAUCAAUCUUGAUGAAGCGGUGAUGACGGGGAACACACGAGACGAAAUCCCAACACUAGAAUCAGCAUCAAUGGAGAUAAGGGUACUUCCCUUACCAAACAUGAUAGACAAACAAAUGUCUUCACUGUUAGAGGAAAGACUAUCACAAAAGAAGAAAGGAACAGAUACCAUGGAAUCAUUGUCGAGCUGCUUCGUGGGUUUAUACUCGAUCAAGUCAGUGAACCGAGCACGAUGGAAUGUUAUUAUAUGUUUAGUAGCUCUGAUAGCAAUGUUGUUUUAUCUAGAAGAAUAAGGUUUAUGGAAGUAGAAGAAACCAGUGUCCUCCUGAGUCCUAUGUUUGCAUCUUCUGGGACAAAAAUAUAUGAUGUUUUCGUUUAAGAGGUUUAUACGUUUUUUGUGUUUAAUGUUCUACACUUGUACUUCAAAUCUGUGCAACCAAACCGAUCAUCAAAAGUGAAUUACAAACUUGUACUCAACUAGACCACAGAAGAAAGUUAUAUCGUUAACAAAUCCAGUUUUGUGGA